AUGCAGUUGUCUAACCUCGUCAAUAUUCUGGCCUUUGUCGCCGUCGUUGGAGCCUCUCCCGUCGCUUUGAUUGCUCGUGGCGAUGCUGAUGCCGCCACUGCCUACAAAGCCGACAAGCGCUCUGAUGCCGACGCUGCCACUGCGUACAAAGCCGAUAAGCGUUCUGACGCUGAUACCGCCACUGCUUAUAAGGCUGAUAAGCGCUCCGAUGCUGAUGCCGCUACUGCUUAUAAAGCCGACAAGCGUUUUGAUGCCGACGCUGCCACUGCCGUUCUGAUGCUGAUGCUGCUACUGCCUACAAAGCCGACAAACGUUCUGAGGCGGAGCCCGUUUACCGUCGCUCAGAUGCGGAUGCCGCUACCGCCUACCGGGCCGACUAAGCAUUCCAAUGCUACGGGGCUACGUCUUGAGCGUUGUGGCUGA